UGGAAGGGAGCCGCUGCCAGGGCGGGGGCCGGAGCAACAUCAACCUCACACCUUGACCAACUUUUUGGCCUUCAGGCUGCACAAAGCCCAGCCAGAGAUGAGAUAGCCCCGCCCACCGGAGCGGGAGCCCCGCCCAGGGAUUGUACCCGGAUGGACGGAGCGAGGGUUGAUCACGGGACGGCUGCUUCCGGCCGAGUGGGUUCGACGGGACUGAGGUCACCCAGCAAUAUUACAAGCUCUGUUUUAGUGUCCUCCAGUGUGCUGUUCCCAGUAUGCACAGUUACUGCUGUGGAUAAAUUAGCCUACUGUUGAAAGAAAAACUCUGGCUGAAAUUGUAUGACUUCCUGCAACAUUAGAUGUUCCAGUCACUAUGGGUGAGAUAAAAGUCUCCCCUGAUUAUAACUGGUUCCGGAGUACAGUCCCACUGAAAAAGAUAAUAGUGGAUGACGAUGAUAGUAAAGUCUGGUCCCUUUAUGAUGCAGGACCCAGAAACAUAAGAUGCCCGGUUAUAUUUCUCCCUCCUGUCAGUGGAACGGCAGAUGUGUUUUUCCAGCAGAUUUUGGCCCUAACUGGAUGGGGAUACAGAGUUAUCUCUCUACAGUAUCCUGUAUACUGGGACCUCCUUGAAUUUUGCGAUGGAUUCAGGAAGCUUUUAGAUCAUCUCCAGCUGGAUAAGGUUCACAUUUUUGGUGCUUCCCUGGGAGGAUUUUUGGCACAGAAGUUCGCAGAAUAUGCUCAUAAAUCACCCAGAGUUCAUUCUCUUAUCUUAUGUAACUCAUUCAGUGAUACAUCUAUCUUCAACCAGUCUUGGACUGCUAGCAGCUUCUGGCUGAUGCCUGGAUUUAUGUUGAAGAAGAUUGUUCUUGGAAAUUUUACAGCUGGUCCCGUGGAUCCAAAAAUGGCAGAUGCGAUCGAUUUCAUGGUUGAUCGGUUGGAGAGUUUAGGACAGGGUGAGCUGGCCUCUCGUCUCACUCUUAACUGCCAGAAUUCCUAUGUAGAGCCUCACAAGAUCAAAGAUGUUCCUGUAACCAUAAUGGAUGUCUUUGACCACAGUGCACUUUCUCAAGAAGCCAAAGAAGAAAUGUAUAAAUUAUAUCCAAAUGCAAGGCGGGCGCAUCUUAAAACUGGUGGCAACUUUCCCUAUUUGUGUCGGAGUGCUGAGGUUAACCUUUAUGUACAGAUCCACCUGCGACAGUUCCAUGGUACACGAUAUGCUGCAAUUGACCCAGCAAUGGUGAGUGCCGAAGAGCUUGAGGUACACAAAGCCAGGAUUGAAAAUAGGAAUGAGGAAGAGCUGUGACUUUGUCCCUUGGAAAAAUGGAGUGAAUUUCCACAUGAAGGCACUGAACUCUACUAGGUUUUUUUGAACUGUCAGCAGUGCCUUUUUAAAAACAAAUUCUUUUUGGCAGAGAAAAUGAGAUGUCUGAUUAUUUUCAUUCUUCAAAUGGAUCGAGUCCCCAGAAACCUCUGUCUGAAACUGCCCACAAUCUGUUGUCUAAUUAGAGCUAUGGAAUCGAAGCCAUAGGUAAAUAACCAACUCUAAGAACAAAGUCUCCUUAUAUAGUUCUUAUGUCAGUUCCAUUUUGUUCAAGCCCAUUUUAUUUUAAUUCACUUUUUGACCAAUUAAGCGUUUCAGUUGCAUCUUGCCUGUGGUCCAAUCACCUUACGGUUCCUUGAUCCUGAAUUAUAUUUUUGGUGGAUACCUAAAUAGUAAUGUUGGGCCUUUAUUUUGUACUUGUGCCUGAUUAGAUGUACUGCAAAUAUUUUAGUCAUUUAUUUAAAUGGUUGCAAUCAUUUGUUUUGAAGUUCAUAUAAUCUAUUAAAAUAAAUGCACGUAUACAUUGUAAGGUUAAUUUGUAAUUUUAAUUAAUCAAUGAAUCUGUUUGCAGUUGCUGCAAAUAUAAAACCCACAUUUGAAAAUUUGCUGUCUUUAACUUGUUUAUUAGAUUAUGGUUUAAAGUGUAAAUAUUCUUCUGUAAACAUAUUGCUGAAAAUAUUAGCUGAAAGUGGCAUUCUGUGCCAAAUGUUUCAUUGGGAGACAAUUCACUGAAAUCAGGAAGUAGUUGUCUAGAUUAUACUCUAGUGUGCUAAUGCUAUUGAUGUGUUUACUGCAUUCUGUGAAUGGAGUGCAUAUCUAACCUGCAAUUAAUAGAAUUCAAAACUUCUUUUAAAAAUGUCUUUUGGGGCUGAGCCCCUAUUAUUGGAGGUUUUUGCAUUAUUGCAUUAUACUGGCCAAUAAAUUACUUUCUCGAUUGUUUAAACAUUGUACUAUAUGUUCAUGGUAAAACGGCAUCAUUUGAUGGCACCUUGUCUUUUCUCCACAAUUGCUGCCAUUUUUUGACUAGCAUUUUCUGUUUUUAAUUUAAAUGAGUUGUUUGAAGAUUUUGGACUACUUUUCAUCCUUAAGUGAUGUCACUGCACUAUCGGGGUGCUGUCAGAGAGACUGGAAUUGGACUUAGUGUACCAGAAAUAGCAAUCUGUAAAUGGUGCCCCCAACAUGAAAGAUUUUAAUUUUAGGUUUGAGCAGCAAAAGGGUGAGUGGCAAACCAAUGUUGGUUCUGGACGCUGGGUCAAAGAAGCAUAUGUUGGCCUUCAGUGGUGCGGCGUAGAUUUAAUGGAUUGAUGCCUGGGUUAUACGGAUUAAUUUAUGAGGAUAUGGCACAUGGUAUUAGUUUGUACACUCUGUUAAGGUUGAGGAAUGAUUUAAUAAAGAUGUUAAGAAUGUUAAGUAUUGAAAACAGUUGGUACAGAGAAACUAUUUCCUCUGGGAAGGCAUUAUAUUUCUGUCUAGUUUACUCACCUAUUCUAUUUUUUCAAAUUUUAUCAACUUUUCUGGUUUCCAAAACUCUUCCAAUCAUCAGGUUUUCAGCUGUUUUUUUUUGCAACAUUGUAAGCCUCUUCCUUUAAUUGCAUCCUUAAUUCCUGAGUGAGCCACAGGUGAGUACUUCUUGCUGAGUAGGUCCUUCUUGAAUUUUUGUUUUGCAAUGGAAUGUAUUUUUGUUGAACGUUUUGAAUUGUUUCUUUAAAUGAAUGGCACUGUUCAUUUACUGCCAUGCCUUUUAGUACAUUUACCCAAUAAACCUUAGUCAGUUCUCCUGCCAAA